GAGGGCGCAAUGAUGGACAACCGCUUUGCGACAGCGCUAGUAAUAGCUUGUGUGCUCAGCCUCAUCUCCACCAUCUAUAUGGCAGCUUCCAUUGGCACUGACUUCUGGUACGAAUACCACACCCUGCUCCCAGCUGAGAACGUUAGUGAAGCUGGUAGGAGCAUCUGGGAGGAAUUUAUCAGCGAGGAGGCAGAUGAGAAGACCUACACAGAUGCGCUCUUCAGGUGCAACGGCACGGUUGGAUUGUGGCGGAGGUGUAUCACCGUACCCAAAAACUCGCACUGGUACAGCCCACCAGAAACUGAUAUGACUACAAACUGCAUCAGUUUUUCCCUCUCUGAUCAGUUUAUGGAGAAGUACAUAGAGCCUGGAAAUCACAACAGUGGCACAGAUUUGAAUCGAACUUAUCUCUGGCGGUUACAGUUUCUCCUGCCCUUUGUCAGCCUUGGCCUCAUGUGCUUUGGGGCUCUGAUUGGGCUCUGUGCUUGUGCCUGCCGCAGCCUUUAUCCUGCCAUUGCCACUGGAGUCCUCCAUUUCCUAGCAGGGCUUUGUACACUGGGCCUGGUUGGCUGCUACGUAGCUGGGAUUGAGCUGCUCCAUAAGAAGCUGCCCCUGCCUGCCGAUGUGAGGGGUGAAUUUGGCUGGUCUUUCUGCUUAGCCUGUGUCUCAGCACCUUUGCAGUUCAUGGCAGCUGCUCUGUUCAUCUGGGCAGCUCGCACCAACAGAAAGGAAUUCACUCUCUUGAAAGCCUACCGUGUAGCAUGAGUGCUGCUACCCAAGGAUUGGGUUUCCAUGUCAUGGUCUCUUCUUCCCCCAGCCCUUACUACUACAUUUUUUUUCUACCUUCUAGUUAGAAUUUUAUCUUGUACUGCAUGCUUCUUGCCAGGUCAGACAAUUUCACCUGCAGGCCCUGAAGACAAAGACCUCUGGGCUAAAUGACCAAACUCUGCCAGAAGUCUGCAGAACUUGAACAAGUUUUUAAAUUGUUUCCUUGGGGUUGUUUUCUUGUUGGUUUUUUUUUUUGUAAGAAUUACUGUCAUUUUUAAAGUUUCAUUUGGUUGUUGACUGGCCCCUUGGUUAGAUGUACAUGCCCCUUCCUAAUUUUAUCUCCCUGUUAGCCUGGAGGAAAUAGGAGUGGUGUGGGGUAGAAGAGAGAUAGGAAAAGGCUGGAUGAAGGGAGGCAAAAAUGAGAGCUUCAGUGAAUAAAUUAUUAACAAUGAGGAGUUGUCUGCUGUGUGACCCAAGCAGGCAGUACCCUCAGAGAGCACCGAGGAGACAUAGUGGAACUGAAACCUCUGUUAUGGAAAUGCUGUGGCUAGAUCAGUCCUGGUAGCUUAGCUUUGGGUCUCUUACUCUCACUAGUUGACUACUUUUCAUGGCUUCUGCCAAAACUGAUGCAAGAAGGGCAGCUGGUGUGAGUGUGCCAGCACAGCACACCAUCCUGAACACAGGCUCUGCACUUGCCUUUGCCAAGGAGUGGGAUAAGUUGGCCCAGGUGGAGCUAUGUGCUGCUCUAGCUACACUGCUUCCAGGACCCAGGCUAGUUUGGUAUCUGCCCUGUACGUGAUUGUGCACUCUAAUCUUAACUUGUGGUGCUUUUGCUUGCUGUGAAAUAAGGCUUUCCUCUCUCUUGUGUUGAAAGUGACCCUUCACAGGUUUGUUUUUACUUUAGUUUAGUGUGUGUGUAUAUGUACAUAUAUAAACUUAACUUUUUAAAGCUUGUUUAUCCUAUAUGGCACACAACCUGGUUUUUUUAAAAGGUGCUGCUCUGUCCCCAUCUUGCCCUAAACCUGUUGUUUCCACAAAAUAAGAAUAAAAAGGAUCAGAAAUUUUCAACUUUG